AUGACAGGCAGCAGAUAUUGCAGUUCCCUCGCAGGAUCCAAAGAAAAGGACAAGAAGCUAGACACCAAAGUGAAUGAUGAGAAGGACAGCGACCCGAAAUAUCGGAAAAAUAUGCACAGCUCAAAUCCGAGCUGGAGAUGCUCAUGGAACGGUGAAAGAGCUGUUCGAGACAUGGCCCGCAUUCGAAAACAAGCGGCAAUCAUGAGGCUCGGUGUAGCAUACUCAGGAUUACACCGCGAGGACUUGCUCACUCUCCUCCCUGCGGUCGUAAACGGUAGCGUGUCGACGGGGAUCGCUGCACUCAGCGCGCUUGCACUGGGAUUCGUGUCACAUGGGCAAGGGCACGAUUGGGAUCAAUCCUUUCUUCUCGGACAGGAACAUCAUGAAUCGACUGGCUGUUGCGGGUUUACUGGAGACGAUCAUGGCGUUUACGGAUGCUAA